UAUCUUAAUUGUGAUGCAGCUUCCGAAAUAUCAGGAACUUUUUUUUCUCGGAAAAUAUAUCAGGAACUUAGCUCUGAUGCUUUUCCACUGCUAAAAACCCAAUACACCAUCCCUUCCUGCAAUGCCCAAGUCGACCGCCGCCUGAAGCAGUGAGCUCAGCUCAGUUUGCCCCCUUAAAACGAUCGCUGGAGCUUAUCUUUCAAGAUGGACUCAUCGCCUCUGCUUCCCUUCACCUCUCCCCCUUCCCCUUCUGCCGCCGUCGACUUGGUAGGCGUCGUCGACCACCGCGGCCGCCCCGCCUCCCGAUCCUCGUCCGGCAAGUGGACCGCUGCUCUCUUCAUCAUCGGGGUGGAGAUUGCAGAAAGGUUUGCGUAUUAUGGGAUUUCUUCCAACCUUAUUACCUAUCUCACUGGGCCGCUCCAGGAAUCGACGGCGGCGGCGGCAGCCGGUGUGAAUACUUGGUCUGGAGUGGCGAUGAUGCUGCCGCUUGCAGGCGCGUUCAUCGCAGAUUCGUAUCUUGGACGUUACAGGACAGUUUUGUUCGCUUCUCUGCUCUACAUUUUGGGCUUAGGUCUCCUGACUCUUUCCUCUGUGCUGCCAAUCCUUCAUCCAACCAAAUGUUCCAUCACUGAUGGCAAGGCGUGUAGUCCAAAUCAUUUCCAAAUAGGCUUCUUCUACUUUGCUUUAUACCUUGUUGCACUUGCUCAAGGUGGCCACAAACCUUGCGCACAGGCUUUUGGCGCUGAUCAGUUUGAUGAGAAAGACCCUGUCGAGAGCAUCUCACGGAGCUCGUUUUUCAACUGGUGGUAUUGUGGCUUGUGCCUUGGUGGAACAGUAACGAUUAUAAUCUUGAGUUACGUGCAAGAUAAUAUCAGCUGGGCCCUUGGAUUUGGGAUACCGUUUAUUGCCAUGGGACUUGCGCUCAUCUUGUUCUUGCUUGGGACCAAGACAUAUCGCUUCUAUCAAAUGGAAGGUGAAAGUCCUUUUCGUAGAAUCGGGAAGUCAUUGGUUGCUUUAGUUAAAAGUAGGAUGGUGUCUUCUCAUGCAUCAUCUGUUGAAGGGGCAGACCCUCAUCGUUACAAAUUUGCGAAGGAUGAAGCAGCAAAUGGAAUGCAAAUAGAAGAAGCUGAGGGAGUGCUUCAAUUGGUGCCAAUAUGGGCGACAUGCUUGAUAUAUGCUGUAGUAUUUGCUCAGUCAUCCACCUUUUUCACCAAGCAAGGAAGCACCUUGGACCGUAGAAUCGGUUCAAGCUUCCAAGUUCCACCUGCAGCCUUGCAGAGCUUCAUCAGCAUCACCAUCGUCGCUUUCAUUCCAAUCUAUGAUCGAAUCCUAGUUCCCAUAUCCAGAAAAUUUUCCAGGAUUCCCACGGGAAUCACACAGCUCCAAAGGAUUGGCAUUGGAAUGAUCCUCUCAAUAAUAUCCAUGGCAAUAGCAGCCAUAGUUGAGGUCAGAAGAUUGAAAACUGCAAAAGAAUAUGGAUUGAUCGAUCAACCGAAGACAACAAUUCCAAUGAGUCUGUGGUGGUUGGUUCCUCAAUACAUUCUCUAUGGCAUCACAGAGGUAUUUAUCAUGGUCGGCUUACAAGAGUUCUUCUACGACCAGGUUCCUGAUGCAUUGAGGAGCCUUGGACUCGCUCUCUAUCUGACCAUCUUUGGUAUUGGAAAUUUCAUCAGCAGCUUCGCCAUUGCUGUUAUUGACGAGGCAACGAGUAAGAGUGGAGAGAGCUGGUUCUCUGAUAAUCUCAACCGUGCUCAUCUUGAUUAUUUCUACUGGCUUCUUGCUGGUCUCAGCACUGUAGGACUGAUCAUUUACCUCUACUCUGCACGAUCUUAUUCAUACAAGAAGAAACAAAAUAUUGCUGCCUAGAAUAGCAAACUGGUUUGAACAAAAGCAUGCACAAUCCAUGAUCUCGAUCAGGAAUAAAUACUCUGAAGGAUUUAUUGUAGAACAAUUGGGGUACGUUUGGUUUGAAGGAAUCGAGAUAAAAGGUAAAUGUAUAUUAUAUUUGAUUCCAGUAUAAUUAGUACAUCAUUAAAUUUAGUUGAGAAAUUUAAAUAAAUAUAUUUUUUAUGUCGA